AUGAAUUUAUAUCUUUUUAUGGUUUUUACGUUUUGGGAAGCUCAUGAAAUCACUUUCUUGAUUGCACAUACGAGUACCUAUGAAGAGAAGAAAAAAGAUUUGAACAGAGAAUGGCAGCACCACCCACGCCUGAGAACUUCACUAGCUCAGGAGCCUUCGUCGUCGCCUUCCCCAUCGUCGUCGCCAGCAGGAGCCUUCAUCGUCCACGGUGGAGGCCAAAACAAUCCUCCAAACUCACAACGGCGACGGAACUUCGGGGAGCCAAUUGCGACGGAGGCCGGCGAGUGGGGAGGCGAGCUUCACGGGUUGGGGGUUUCGGGGGCCAAGGAAGCUCGUGGUGGGGUGCGUGUCAUUGGGUGGUGGCCGGAGAUGGCUCAUCUGGUCUGCCCGACUGAAAUGCGAGAGAGGAAAAGAAAGAGUGGCUCUAUCACCAACAUCGUUGGUAGGGGAUACAUUCUAGUUACUAGUAGCUCAGACAUCCAUGGAGAAAACUUAGGAGAAAACUACCGCGGUGCAAUUAAGUUUGCUGACCAACCUGAUGCUCUACUUGUUAACCCGAUCCCUGACAGUGAGAUUUAUACAGUCAAACAAGCUAUUGGGAGUUUGAUACGUUGGCCCAAGUCGCUAGUCAUCUUCAAUGGAGCGACACAGGAGGUCGUGAAAAAAAAAGGAAAGAAAACUGGGAAAAAAACUUCUCUACCAUUAGCACCACAAACUCAAAAACUAGUUCCAAAACGAGCGCCUAAGGAGUCAUUGUCACAAGAGGUGCAACAACCAUCUUCAUUGUCGCCUAAGUUAAGACAAGUUUUUGAAAUCGUCAAUGCUUGGACUAAACAUGAUUAUGCCGUUGAAGUGUCUAUUGACUUUGAUGUGUUUGGCCAUGCUUGUGAAUAUUUUGCUCUAUUUCGGGAUGAAAUACUUCAAUUUUGUAGAAAUGAGAUGAUUGGACAAUCAUGUAUUGUCUUCUACAUGAGGAUUUUGUACCAGACACUAUUAUUAGACGAGGAAAAGAAAGGAUCAUUGUUGUUUAUGAAUCCGAAUAAGGUUUCUACUUCCGUGACUCGUGCAGAUAGUCGUGCUCAAGCUUUAUGUGAUAGGAUGUUAUAUUGCACGUCUAAAAAGCAUGAUUGGAUAGUUAUGCCUUAUAACCAUGGGGAGCAUUGGAUGUUAUUUUUAUUAUAUCCCCAUUGGCAUUAUUGUUGUUUUCUCGAUCCUCUCAAUGCACCAUUAGAUAACAGGACAUCCAUCAAGGAGACCAUCCAUGAUGCAUUUGAGAUGUAUUUCACAGAAAGAAUGAAAGCACAUCAAAAGAUCAACAAACGCCCAUUGGGAGUAAAGUAUUUCCAACCUACGUGCCGUAAACAACUAAACAAUAUCGACUGCGGAUAUUACGUUAUGAGGAUGAUGAAGAAUGUACUUAUCAAUGCCCCUAAUAUCAAACAUUUCUUGUCGAAACAGGUAACAAACAAUAUACAACUACAUAAUAUUAAUCUAGUAUAAUUUUUGUAUAUGCUU